GUACGUGCGUUGAGCUGAACAAUGGCUAAGAAAAAUGGAUGAAGGGUAGGUAGCGUCCACGGGGCACUGUAGUUCACCACUCGCGUGCCCCGUACUAUGUCCGUAUAGAGUACUACAGACUAGAUCUUGCUUGCUUCGUCUUCUACCUCCAGAAUUAAAUGACUCGGUCCACGGCUAUAUAUGUUCUUCACUGUUCUAGCUACACUCCAUCAUGCACCUUAACUUGGCGAACUCCAUCAUACAACUGCUGACCAAAUCGUCACGGAAAGCUCACAGCCGAGCUCGGUCGCGCCGGGCUGUCGAAGCGAAGGGAAUGGAGAAGGCGGCGGCGAACGCGUUGCCGCCACUGCGGUUCCUCGCCGUUCUCGCAGUGACAGCGUGGACCUUCUUCCUCUACUUCCACUUCUCCGUGAUCAGCGGCACGGUGGAGGUGAGCCACGGCGAUGACGACGGCGCCGACCGGUGCCGGGGGCGGUACAUCUACAUGCACGACCUGCCGCCGCGCUUCAACGCUGACAUCAUCAGCAACUGCCGCAAGACCGAGGACCACUGGGGGGACAUGUGCGGCGCCCUCAGCAACGCUGGCCUCGGCAGGCCGCUGGCCGACCGCACCGACGGCGUGCUCAAGAGCGAGGCCGGGUGGUACGCCACGCACCAGUUCGCGCUGGACUCCAUCUUCCACAACCGGAUGAAGCAGUACGAGUGCCUGACCAACCACUCCGCCGUGGCUGCCGCCGUGUUCGUCCCGUUCUACGCCGGCUUCGACUUCGUCCGCUACCACUGGGGAUACGACAACGCCGCCAGGGACGCCGCGUCGGUGGAUCUGACGAAAUGGCUCAUGGCGCGGCCCGAGUGGCGGCGCAUGGGAGGCCGCGACCACUUCCUCGUCGCCGGCCGGACGGGGUGGGACUUCCGGAGGAGCAACAACGUGAACCCGGACUGGGGCACUGACCUCCUCGUCAUGCCUGCCGGCCGGAACAUGUCGGUGCUCGUGCUGGAGUCGGCGAUGCUGCACGGCAACGACUACCCCGUUCCUUACCCGACCUACUUCCACCCCAGGUCGGACGCCGACGUGCUCCGGUGGCAGGACCGUGUGCGCGGCCAGCACCGGACGUGGCUCAUGGCGUUCGUGGGCGCGCCGCGGCCGGACGUCCCCAUCAACAUCCGCGUCCGCGACCACGUGAUCGCGCAGUGCAAGGCGUCCAGCGCCUGCACCAUGCUGGGUUGCGCGCGCGCCACCGGCAGCACCCAGUGCCACACCCCGGGCAACAUCAUGCGGCUGUUCCAGAAGACUACUUUCUGCCUGCAGCCGCCCGGCGACACCUGCACGCGGCGGUCGGCGUUCGACUCCAUGGUGGCCGGAUGCAUCCCGGUGUUCUUCCACCCCGGGUCGGCGUACAAGCAGUACCGGUGGCACCUCCCCAUGGACGACCACCUCAGGUACUCGGUGUACAUCCCGGACGCCGACGUGCGGGAGCGCAACGUGAGCAUCGAGGCCGUGCUCCGGGCGAUCCCUCCGGCCACGGUGGAGCGGAUGCGGGAGGAGGUGAUCAGGCUCAUCCCGAGGGUCCUGUACGCCGACCCCAGGUCGAAGCUGGAGACUGUCAAGGACGCGGUGGACGUCGCCGUCGAGGGGAUCCUCGACACGGUGGCGCGGAUCAAUAACGGCGAGUACGUCGACAGCGGCGGGCCGGUCACCGAGGACCCUCCGAACCUUUUCGCCUCCACGGAGUCCAGAUUCCGGCCGGUGCAAUCGGUGCAAGCCGAUCAGUAGUUCUGUCGGCGUGGCCAGAAAAGGAAGUGCAGAAUAGUCGAUUAUUUGCAAUGGCACAUCUUUGUCCUGUAAUUCAAACAUGUGAUUCAUACAGUAUUCGUUACACGAGGUUUACAAGGGACUGUA